CUCGCCCCUUGCUGAAUUAUGAGCAUGGGAAAAUCAAGCGGCUCCUCCUCCCUCAAACCAUCAAGCUCACGGCUUCCACCGCGGCCGCCUCUCCAAACGCCACCGUUCAAUCUACCCGCCGAUUGGGGUGUUGAUGAAGUCGCCCGGUCCGAUGGCUCCAAAUCCGACAAGUAUUACUUAGAACCAGGGACUGGAAGAAGGUUCAGAUCACUGAGAGACGUGGAGAGGCACCUGAACGGAGAAACGGUUUCUCGCAGACGCAAAUCCAGUGAACUCAUUUCACCCAAUAAUCGUCCCGGCGGGGAGAUUUUGACAUCUAGAGAAGAGUGUUUGGAGAGCCCUCCUCCAUCGAAAGUGAAUUGGGCACUUGCUAAUCCUCAAGGGGAUGCCUGGAAUCCUUCCAUUGGUGAUACCUUGAUCUCCGAUGCCGUAAAGCGAGAAUGGAGAAAGAGAUUUGUGUCCGCCAUUAACAAUGCAGAAGAGAGCUCCGCCGUUAGGGCAAUCCAGCCGCAACAGCCGCCGCAAGCAGCAGCGGCGGAGGAAAACAAUAUUCAGCAAAGGCAAGAGGAGGAGGAGGAGGAGGAGGGAGGACUAAGGCGGCGUUCUUCUCGCACCAAGAAACUAGCAUAUCAUCACCUGGAUUUUAUCUAUAUAUGA